CUCAACCACCAUCUUUGCAUGCUCAUAUAUCAUCAAUCCCACCAUCCCCAUUCAUUAACUCAUGCCAAGCAACGAAGGGAGUCUCUGUUUGAUAAUGGGGAAUGCAGUUUCUUGUGCGCCGUUGAUUACUUCAAGUGGCGGAGCAGUAAAAGUGGUGUUCCCAGAUGGGAGUUUGCAGAUAUACACGAAACCAGCGAAAGCAGCCGAUGUAAUGGUGGAGAAUCCAGGCCAAUUCGUGUGCGAUUCGAGCAGUUUAAAAGUCGGUUCCAGGGUUCAUGGAUUAACGGCAGAUGAUGAAUUAGAGCGACGCCAGGUUUAUUUUCUUCUUCCCAUGGACCUGCUUUACUCCGUGUUGACUCAAGAGGAGAUGAGUUGGCUCAGUUGCAACGCUAACAAGGCGUUGAAACAUGCCAGCUUUAACAUCGGGAGGAUCUUUCCCGUCGUCUUUACCCAUUUUUGUAUUUUCCCUUUCGACGCGAAGACGCCGCCGCCGAAGAACUCGGUCGGAAACGGUGCGAAGGAUUCCGUCGAGAGGUUCUCGAAGCAGAGAUCGUGGAAGCCAGCGUUGGAUACCAUUCUUGAAACACCCUCCUCGUAGGCAAUGUCGACCAACCAAUUUUUAUAUUAUUAUUAUAUCUUUGCCUUUGUAUAUUGUUUUCCUUUUUACAUUGUUUGAAAUCUUCUCCUAAUCAUAUUAAAAAAUCUAAUAAAUUUAAAUUAAUGACAGACUGUAU